AUGUUCAAUAUGAUGUUAGUCUUCCACGAUGUUUGUGUUUGUAUUUUCGAAUCUGCGUCCAUUGUGGUGGGAGUUGGCCCACGUAUGCUGACUUUACAAUGUUUGCCUUGAUGCUAUGACCGAUUGGAGAAAGCAGUAAUGGAAGCAAAGCCCAUUGUAACUUCUCAUGGGAAUCAGCUGGUAUUUUCUUCCUUGGUGAAGCCUUUACUGGAGGAUCUGCCAAAGGAGCCUGCAGAAUGGAAGAGAUCAUACGGUCGUCCAGCGAGGAAUGUCCACCUGGAGGCCAGCUUUGUGCCCUACGAUGAUGACAUUCUCCCUGACGACUCGGUGAAGACCCUCGUCAGUCGCCUCUACUUCCAUGUCUACUGGACGGACUGUGAUCUGGAGGGCUACAAGAACACUGUCAAAGAGGAGAUAACUGAGUGGCAGAAUGCACUGAAGAACAAGAAUAUUCCUGACUGGAUGAUAGUGGUGGUCCACAGCGAUGAGAACAAGAUGAAGACUAAACUGCUGCCUCGCUCUUCUGUUUAUGACAAAAUUAAGAGUGACUUUGGAGGCAAGCAGCCAGAAAGGAUUGUAGUGCUGGAGCUCCACCGAGAGGACAGGAAGGGCGGGGAGCUGUGGCAGGGGUUCCUGUCCCGACUGAGGCAACUGCUGCUUCAAGCCUUCACCCGCCACCUGCAGAAAUACGAGGACAACAUGCGGGCACAGAGGGAGAAACGCAAUGACAUCGGCUGGAACUUCCAGAACUAUUUCAUUGUCCAGGAGGAGCUAGGGUUCAUGUUUGAGAUGUUGGGCCUGUAUGAUGAUGCUCUCAUACAGUAUGACGAGCUAGAUGCUCUCUUCACGCAGUUCGUUGUCAACCACGCAUCUGGCCGAAUACGGGCUUUAGAGCAGGAGUACAAUGAAAACCUGUCACUGUCAGAAAGUCUUGACCCAGUUGUAGCUUUCCAGUUGGCUAUUGAUCAUACAUUUGAUCUCGAGGCCGUGCCUUGGCUGAGAACUCUCGUAGAGCCGUGUAAGAGCUGGGCAGGACUGUGCCUUCAGAAACCCAUCUCCUGGGAGAAACGAAACCUUAUUAAGGACAAUGCAGUAUCCCUGCUGGAAUUGAGGAACUAUCUGUUUACGAGGCAGUGCGCCCUGCUGCUGCUGGUCAAACGUCCAGCUGAGAUUGUACAGAGAGCCAUAGACUACCUGCAUGAGACAGUCCAGGAAAUGAAAGUACUGGAGAUAGCUAUCUGUGAGGGAGGUCUAGACUGCUGGGUGUAUCUCAGUGGCCUGGAGGUGCUACUGAAGUGUGAGGCACAUACUGACCCCAUUAACCCCCGCUCACAGGCUCUCAACACUGCAUACCUCUGGGACUAUAUCUGCAGGAAGUUACACAAGCUGGGGGAGCUGUGCGGACUGAUGCCAGGUGCGGAUCUGGACCCCACCUCUACCCAGCUGGACAGAGUGGUCAACCUCACAGCAGGGAUGGGGCUAGAACCUUCAACAGAGGAACUCGAGGAAGGGGAGGCCCCUCACCGAGCCCCCAGUGAUAAGCUGAGGGAGGCUUUGUCAUCCAGAGAGGCCUUUCAGAAGAUCUACCUGGAGCAGUCGGAACUUGCCAUGGGGACAUUCAAGCACAUCGGCAGAUUCAGAUCUGCACGACUCAUAGGCAAGAAUCUGGCUGACUUCUACAUGAAGCUUGGGGAGCCUCAGAAGGCUGAAAAUUUCCUCCUUGACGCCAUGACCAGCUACCACAAGGAAGGAUGGACGAAGUUGAGGGACAUGGCCUGCUUGGAGUUGGCACAGUGCCAGUACCAGACCGGCAUACAUCACAAAUACGUGAAGACAGGUUGCCAGGUGGCAGGUAGCUCCCUGCUGGAGACUCGAGACAGGCUGGAACACAUGAACAACGUGAUGCAGCUGGCAAGGAGCUCCAAUGCUGGAACCAUGCUAUUGAAAGCAUCGCCACUGUUGAAGAUAGAUGUUUCAAGGAUCAGCCAAUCAAAAGUAGGAGUUGAUGAGGCUUUUCAGAUCACUGUUACCAUUGACAACCAGGGGCCAUGUGACUUGACAUGUGACUCAAUAUGGCUGACAUUGGUUGAAAGUGUGUCUGAAUUCUCAGACAGAAGAAUUCACAAACUGAAAUCACCUGUGAUCAGACAAGCCAGUAACUCCAGCUUAGACAAUAGACAUGUGAUGAACCUUACUAACGUCAACCUAAACAAGCAAACCCCAACAGAGAUCAGUUUACGUGCUCUGUUUGAAGGAACGCUGGAGGAGCCAGUGUUGGCAGGGAUAUCAUGUAUGAACUCACAUGAGUUGUUGAAGCGAAAUGACAGCUCUGGUGGGAUCUUGAAGCCCACAGACGACACAGUCAAGAAAGAUGUCACAUCACAGCAGGCUGCAGUCACUGGGGUUGUGCUGAAACAGGGGGAAAACACUGUGACCUUGAACUUUGAGGGGGUGCUGGCUGGCUGCUACAGCCCGGGUCAGGUUGGGGUUAAGGUCGGUCUGCUGGAGUUCCUCAAGGACACAAACUCUGGCCUCAGUGUCAUGGUGACCUGCGAUGAGACCCGCUGUGAAAUAAUACCAGAAACUCUCGUGGCUGGUAUAGGUCAGGAGGUGACAGUGUGUAUUUACUCUGGCAAUGUGGCCAUUGACCCCAACAGCAAGGUGAAGGUCACAGGCUCUGAGAACCUCUCUAUAACAACCAGCUCCCAUGACAACACUGUACUGUUAGGUGGGGUUGCUAGGGGAGGACAAGCUGAGUGGAAAAUGCGAGUGUUCCAUCAGCCGAUGGUGACAGGUGGUCUUAAAGUGGAUGAUAAGAUUGUUUUUGACUGUUCCUGGUUGCCACGGCCGCUUAUAAUGACCUUGACCUUUGUCAACCCUUUCAAGGUCACACACAGACUGUAUACUGCCCGGGACAUGAAGUACAUCCAGGUGACAGUUCAUGCUCAGGGAGGUGGACAGUUCCAGCUGUCCGACUGGUCGCUUGUGGCAACCAAUGGCAAUGACCUUGAACUUGUGUGUCUCAAUAAACCUCUGGUCCCCAUGAAGAUCGUCUCCAUGCAGAGUUGUUCCUUUGUGUGGCAGCUGAAGUGUAACACCCCUGAGUUGCCUCCCCUAGAUCUCACCUUCACCUCGGCCUACAUGAGUCCCCUAGAGGUGCCUGCAGAGGAGAGGCAACUACGCUACAGCUUCAAAAUGGCUGACUUUCAGACGCUGUUGACAGUGAAGGCAGAUAUCUGCCCCUCUGGUGACAACAAGGUGUGCAAAACAGGUGUGGUGUCCUCCUUCAAGCUCCAUGUGACCCAGAUGUCAGCCGUCAAGCCUCUGGCUGAUCAGGAGAUCAUGUACAGACUUGAGGGGGGCCCAAAUUGGAAGGUGCAUGGAAAAUCAUCAGGCGUGUUUCAUCUGUCAGGAGGGAGCUACUCCCACAGUGUACAAGUUAUCCCCCUUACAGCAGGGUUCCUUCCCUUGCCAGCUGUCAGUCUUCUCAAGUACAACCCGCAGAUUAUGAAAGAAGAAGAUGAAAGGUUGUCUAGUACAGAUGAUGAGAGUUCGGACACUGAUAGUCAGCCCUUGAUGUCAGAGUUUGGCUGCGGUCAGGUGUACUACAGUGGCCAGGGGAAACAAGUGCAUGUUUACCCAGUAGAGGUGACUGGAGAAGUAGAGGUGACCAUCAUGUGACCAUCAUGCGAUCUUGUACUAAAGUUGUCUUGGAAAACAGAUACAUGUGUACUCAGUAGAUGUGACUAUAAUAUGAACCUCAUGUGACCUUGUACUAUAAUUGCCAGGGGAAACAAGUGCAUAUGUACCCAUAAGAGGUGAUUGGGGAAGUAGAGGUGACCAUCAUGUGACCUUCAUGUGACCUUGUACUGUACUUGUCAAGGGAAACAAGUGCACGUUUACCCAGUGGGGUGGAGAAGAAGAGGUGACCAUCAUGUGACCUUGUACUAUAGUUGCUAUGGGAAUCAACUGCAUAUGUCACAAGUAGAGGUGACUGGAGAGGUAGUGGUGACCAUCACGUGACCUUUUGACCAUCUUAUGAACUUGUGACCAUCAUGUGACCUUGUAUCAUAGUUGCCAGGAGUAACAAGUGCAUUUGUCACCAGUAAAGGUGACUGAAGAGGUAGUGGUGACCAUCACAUGACCUUGUGACCAUCUUGUGACCUUCAUGUGACCUUUACUAUAGUUACUAUACUACUAUAGUUGCCAGGGAAUACAAGUGCACAUGUCACCUGUAUAGGUGAUCAUCAUGUGGCCAUCAUGUGACCUUGAUCCUGACUGACUGAAGUGGGGGCUUUGAUCAUUUGUGUAAUUACAGGGGAUAGAGCAAGGAAUGCCAUGAUUUGUGGCAUGACAUGGGAUUGAGCAUGGAAUGCCAUGAUUUGUGGCAUCAAAGUGGAUGGAACGAAAAAGCCAUGAUUUGUGUAAUUAAAGUGGAUGGAACAUAGAAUCUGGCAUCAAAUUUGAACUUGGGUUAUGGUUUCUUUAUUCACAGUUUUAUGUGAUAGUGGUAGUGAUUACAUGUGCAAUAUUGUGGGAUAAUAACAUUUGGGGUACUGGUCCAAACUGGCAAAUGUUAAUUGAGUAAAAAAAAUGAAAAUUAUUUUGUUAUGAUAUGUGAGAUGUAUUCAAUGCGUUGAUUUUAUUUGUUUGGACAAAUUUAAGAGGAAGCAUACAGUUGAUAGUUUUUGUGUUUGUGAACAUUUGAACAAUUAACUAAUCUGAUGGCAAUUGAAUACGUUUUUUUUGCUGAAAUGGGAAAUUAAAUAUAUUUACUAAUAUUGUACAAUGUGUUUCUUGGUAUUUGUGUAUUCAACUUGUUGACUGGAACGUGAGGGAACUAAGAGAUACAUGCAGUAUUUGAACCAUAAUCUUGAAAAUGGUACAGCAAGACUGUUAGUGUAAAUGAAAACGAAUUUUCAAUUGUGUUGUUAUUUAUUAUGUAUUAUUAAAUUUUGUUGUUAAUGAAUAAAUUAUAGAUAAUUA